CGGGGAGCUGCUGCCAGGGCUGCACUCCACCAGCAUGAAACAAAGAACCUGUCCAGCUUGUCAGCUCAUCAGAUGCAGUAGUGACUGCUGAAGACUUCAUAUGCCAGUUACCACUGAAAUAGUUUGUGAGGCUAUUUGAAAUCUGCUUCAAAACCAACCAGCCAAACAACCCCCGGAAGCCCUGUUGUACCAGAUUUCCCCGUGAGCUCGCAGGGAUGUUCGUUUUUUUUGACAGAAACUCGCGUGUAACUUUCCCUGGAGGAACAGAGUAUGUUUGUGAUUGUUCUUGUGCUAUUUUAAAACUGAGAAACUAGUAGAGUCUCUUCAGCCAUCAUGAGUGACUGACAACUCUGAGUUUGUGUGGGUGUGCGUUUGGAAGCUACAAGCCGCUAACGCUCACGGCGUGGGAACCCCCAGAUGGGACUAGAUCCACGCUCCUGUGCUCCUUAUGGGGUUGAAGGUAGACUCAUGUUACCUACUACCUAAGUUUUCUGUGGCUGAUAUUAUGGUGUGCGGAUAUGGUCCAGUACCAGGCAUCGUGUACAGACUUUCACUUCUGAUCCAGCCCAAGACACAUUAGCAGGAGCAAACCCAGACACCACCCUGUGGAACGGACUCUCGAUCACCCUGCAGUCUAGGCACUGGGAAGUUACUAUGCAGCUUGGACUGUUUCUGGUGGUGGUUUUUCUAAGCUUGAUGGAUCUGACAGGCAGCAGCAAGGUGGUGAAGGGCAAGAGGCAAAGACGAAUCAGUACCGAGGUGAGUCACGGCUGUGCGAAAGGUUGUGACCUGUGCUCUGAGUUCAACGGGUGCCUGAAAUGUUCCCCCAAACUCUUCAUACUGCUGGAGAGAAAUGACAUCCGACAGAUCGGGAUCUGCCUGCCAUCCUGUCCGCUGGGGUACUUUGGCGUUCGCAAUCCAGACAUGAACAAGUGCAUCAAAUGCAAAAUUGAGAACUGUGAGGCCUGUUUCAGCCGAAACUUUUGCACAAAAUGUAAGGAAGGUUUGUACUUGCACAAAGGGAGAUGUUAUUCCACCUGCCCAGAAGGCUACUCUGCUGCCAAUGGCACUAUGGAGUGCAGCAGUCCUGCACAAUGUGAACUGAGCGAGUGGGGCCCCUGGGGCCCGUGCGCCAAGAAGAGGAAGCUGUGUGGCUUCAAGAAAGGCAACGAAGAGCGAUCGCGGAAGGUGCUGCAGGCUCCCUCUGGAGAUGUGUCCGUGUGUCCUGCCACCACAGAGCUCCGGAGAUGCACCGUGCAGAAGAACCAAUGCCCUGAAGGAAAAAGGAAGAGAAAGGAAGAGCAAGAAAAGCGAGAUAACACGAAUGGAAACAGAAACCAGAAAGACACCAAAGAUGCCAAAUCUGGCACCAAGAAAAGGAAAGGCCAGCAGAGAGGGACUGUGGUCCCCAUGACUCCUGCUAGCCCUGCUCAAUAGCUGCCCCUUUACAGUCACACGAUGGCAAGAGUUCAUUGCUGCUAUGUAUAUGAAAGCUUUAUUGAACCGGAGCACUGCUACACAACAUACACAAUCAGAAAGAUAGAUGGACAGACACAGAAACUACACACACGUACAGGCUGACAGAGACCACACACAUAUGCAACAUAGACUGCAAAGUGCAAACUUCAAAGAAGAGGAGUAAGAAAAUAUAGGAGAUGAAGCUUAAAUGCCAAGGACUUUACAAUGGGAAGCUGGGGAGAAAGUGUGAACCAGAUAGGAGCGCAGUGAUGCAGAUAUUCCUGAGUAAAUGUCUCAAAUAGAAGUCAGCCAUGUAAACCCCAGCAUAACGCAGCUUCAGCCAGAGACUAGAACUGAUUUGCUACUAUUCCAAAUCAAAGGAUCUGGAAUCGCGCAAAGGCAGUGGCCUGUUUCUAUUCCCCCUUCCUUUAUUUUGUGUUUUAAGCUGUAAGAGAAUAUAUGUUAAACCUUUGUGAGAAGAGGUCAGAGAUG